CUGGUGUACACUUGGCACCAUUUAGGCGUUAAGUUAUGGCUGCAUUUGAGGCGCCGCAUUAAAAAAAGAGCCACAAAAAGAUCACUUUUUAGUCGCGCGUUAGUCAGGCAACAGCUGUAUCCGAACGGACGACUCGCGCUGCGAUAAGAUCGUUGGCAUUCUGUGUUCUGUGAAUGCUAUCAACGAUUGAUCCUCAGUCCAACAUAUUUCCGCCCUGACACAUAUCGAACAAACAGCUAAGGCAGCUGAGAUCUGUUAGCUAGCAGCAGUGUGAGAUGGCCUCCAAUAGCAGCAGCACCACCGAUUUGGACAGUCAGGUCAAUGUGGAGGAUUUGCCCAUCACCUUCAAGGUCAAGUACAUUGGCUCGGAGGUGGCGCGCGGCCUGUGGGGCAUUAAGUACACUCGCCGGCCGGUCGACCAUAUGGUGGGUGUGGCCAAGAAUCUGCCGCCCAACAAAGUGCUGCCCAGUUGCGACCUGAAGGUGUCCGUGACGGGCGUACAGCUGGAGAUCAUUUCGCCCAAGGCGAGCAUCAACAACUGGAGCUAUCCGAUCGACACGAUCUCGUACGGGGUGCAGGAUCUGGUCUACACGCGAGUCUUUGCCAUGAUCGUGGUCAAGGAUGACUCCAGUCCGCAUCCGUACGAUGUGCAUGCCUUCGUCUGCGACAGUCGCGCCAUGGCGCGCAGGCUGACCUUUGCGCUGGCAGCGGCCUUCCAGGACUACUCGCGACGCGUCAGGGAGGCGGCCGGCGAUGAUCAGAUCGAUACCAUAACGCCCGCACGCCAGAAGUUUGCCAUCGAUCUGCGCACCCCCGAGGAGAUACAGGCUGGCGAAAUGGACCAGGAAACGGAGGCGUAGUCGGAGGAGUGCCUGAUUGCCGUUCGCGGCUGGGGUUGGUUGGGUUCCAUUGUGAUGUCAUAGUUACUUAUUGUCCAGUGUUCACUGUAAUUGUAAAUUGUUCGAGUGCGAGUACCAGUACCAGUACUCCGCUCCCACAUGGUACAAGUAGUUUCCUCAUGCAGCUAAUUGCCCAAAGCUUACAUAAGUGUUAAUCCAAACUGUAAACGAUUUUCUAUAAUAAAUAGUAAAUAUAAAUAUUAAUA